CCAGAUAUUGUUAUUCCACCAUGUCAGCCUCUCAUACUUGUUUUGUAAGUAGUGAGUGGUUGUUUCAAAACUUGGAUAAAGUUCAAGUGGUGGAUGCCUCUUGGCGCUUUUCUCCAGAUGGUCGUCAUUCAAGUUUCUAUGAAGAGUUUCUUCAAGAAAGGACUCCCAAGUCUCGUUAUUUUGAUAUCGAGGAAGCAGUGACUAAAGAUAGUCGAGUUCCGCAUUUGUUACCAUCGCCUCAACAGUUUGCUUCCUAUGUCGGCACACGUUUAGGAAUAAGCGAUAAGGACACCAUAGUCAUAUAUUCCAGACCUCAUUUGGUAGGUGCUGCACGUGUUUGGUGGAUGUUCAGAGUAUUUGGAAUGCCCAAAGAUCAGUGUUUUAUUUUAAAAGGAGGCUUGGAAGAGUGGAAAAAACACGGCUAUCCUUUGGCUUCAGGUCCUAUUGAAGAGAAAGAAAGCAUCCAUUCGAAAACGUUUGUACCCAAGUUUCAAUCACAGUUAGUAGCCGAUCGAUUACAAGUGAAGGAUUCCUUGAAGUCAGGCACUGCAAUUAUUUUGGACGCGCGUUCAGCUGGUCGUUUUUAUGGAACAGAACCGGAACCACGACAAGGAGUACCUAGUGGUCAUAUUGAGAAAGCUAUGAGCCUCCCUUUUGUACAAUUGUUGACAAAAGAUGGACAAGAGUUACUUCCAAAAGAAGACUUGAUGAAAGUUUUUGAAAACCAUGGUAUCGAUAUCAAAACCAACCAGAAAAUCAUAUGUAUGUGUGGAUCAGGCGUCACAGCCACCGUUGUGCAUUUGGCACUGGAUCAGUUGAAUGUAUUUACUUCGUGUGUUUAUGAUGGAUCUUGGAUGGAUUGGACGAUGAAGGGAGAAAAGGAGUGAAGACCGUCUUUGAAAUAAAAAGCAUCAUCCAUGUAUAAUGCAGAAAACCACUUUCAAC